CGGAAGUGACGCCGACGUCAAUAACAAGAAGACACAAGCAACAGUGUGUAGCGCAGCUCAGUUAAGCACUCUUUUAAUCUUUUAAAACAAAAAUACAACAUGUCUUCGGAUUUUGAAACGUACGAGCAGGACUUUGGCACCCUCACUGCGGAUGUAACCAACAAAAUUGGAAGAAUACCCAAAUUAGCCGGUGAGGAGAAGACACAGCUGGUUCUAAAUGUCGACAAACAGCUUGAAGAAGUCAGAGAGUUGCUCGAGCAGAUGGACCUGGAGGUUCGAGAGAUCCCUAUUCAGAGCCGAGGCAUGUACAGCAGCCGUCUGAAGAGCUACAAACAAGAGAUGGAGAAGCUUGAGAAAGAUUUUAAAAGGUCACGUAUUGCCUACAGUGAUGAGGUGCGGAACGAGCUCCUGGGGGAUGAUGGGGGCUCCUCAGAGAGUCAGUUGAUAAAGUUACGUGAAGAGAGAGCACAUCUGUUGGACAACACAGAGAGGCUGGAAAGGUCAUCUCGGAGGCUGGAAGCUGGCUACCAGAUAGCGGUGGAAACCGAGCAAGUGGGACAGGAGAUCCUCGCCAACCUGCACAGUGAUCGUGAGAAGAUCCAGAGAUCCCGCGACCGGCUGAGGGAGACGGAUGCUAACUUGGGCAAAAGCUCUCGGAUCCUGACCAGCAUGCUGAGAAGGUAAGAGGAAGGAUCAUUCAGAAUCGUGUCCUGGUCUUCAUCCUGGGUGCCAUCAUCCUCCUCACCAUCGUCUUGGCCAUCUAUUUCAAUUUGCGAGGGCACUGAUCUCCACUGACUGGCCCUGUGCUUGCAUGUUUGAGUUUGUGUACGAGCGUGUGUGUUUGAUUAAUAGUGACAAAAGUGUUGGGCUGGAGUAAUUAGGACAAAUUGUUCACAUGAAUCAUUCCUGGUGGGCAGUGACAGGGGGCCUCUCCUCACUGCUCUCGAGCAGAGCGGGACCGUUCUCACCCUCUCUCCCCUUAUAUUUAUGCUGCAUCCAUUAUUUUUUAAACUUACUGACCCAUAGAGAAACCCAGCAUGAAUGUGUGGACACGAGGACCAUGAUGAGAACACCAGAUGGAUGAGGAACAUGAAGAGGAACAUCAACGUAUGUCAAAACCUGCUGUUUAAUGUUUAGAUUUCUUUUUCUGUUGGUGGGAAAAGGGUAUAAGAGUUAAAAGCUACUAGCAAAAUUCAAUUUAUCAGGUAUAUGUGUGCGUGUGUUUGAGAGAGAGAGCCAUAUACAAGGCAAGGCCCCCGGUGCAGUACCAUUUAACACACGGUGCAGAAUCACACACAACACACAGCCCAAAGGUCACGCGCCCGUCUCUCAGUCCCCCUUCAUCCAGGAUUAGUAGCUUCUCACGCUGUUCCUCUAAGGUCAGCAAAGACCUCGCAUGUGUUUAGUAAAACCAGCAGGACCGCUUUAAACAAGAACACAUAAUAAGAAGUGUUUCCUGUAUUUAUUUGUCUUUUUAUCAGAUUAAUUUUGCUGUAUUUUUGGCUGUAACUUUCUUUUGAUUCAUCUGGAAUCUGUUGCAGCUAUUAGUGCUUGACAUUAAAAUUAUAUCAUUUUGUCUCUACUGUACAAUAGUGUUGCAAAUGCGCUUUAUUAUUACUAUACAGGGACCAACUAACAAGCAUCAGUAUGGAAAUAUGCAAAAUGUGUGAGUCUGCUCCAGGCUUUCACCUGCUGGUUGAGUAUUAGUCUAUCAGAAAGACGGUAACCUUGGCUGUCUACUAACAGUACAAUUAUUUCGUUUAUCAUGUUUUCAUCCGAGGAUUCCUUUGUAAGUUUUUAUUAAUAAUGUUUAUUGUCAUACUAGCUCAGUUCCAAAACUUAGUGAGUUGUUUUGCUGUCUUAUGCAUGCAUAGGCAGUUGAAGUCCAAGGCAGCAUCACUAACUGAAAUUAACCUAAUAAAACUUCAUAAAUGACUGUUUCUAAACCCUCGACAUAGUCAGCAACUUUGAACACAUAAGAGACCAACUUCACAAUUGGUUUAAAAAAAGUUAGCUGUUAGCUUGUUGCUAAUAUAAUUGGAAUGUUUUAAGCAUAAAGUCAAAUAAUCAAUUUGAAUGAAUCAGCCAUCAAAUUAGCCAUCAACAUUUCAUUUUGUUUGCCAUUUUGGAAUAGUUUUUUUUAUAUAGUUUGAUAUUAGCAUGUUGCUAAGCUAAUUAAAAUGUGUUAAGCAUAAAGACAAAUAAUCUAUGCUAGUGAAUCAAGUUAGCUGUUAGCAUGUUGCUAAGCUAAUUACGCUAUACUAUAAUAAGCACAAAAAUACAAAGCACACAAAUAUUGGGUAAAAUUAACCAUUUCAAUUACAUUGAGUUGUCACAGUGCAUUCUGUGAUUUCUUGUUUCUCUCAGAGGGAUAUAUGCAAUGUUGUCUUAAAAUUUGCCCAACUGAAGAAAUCUUAAAGAGAGCAGAUUAUAAGGCACCUCAGUCUUUACAUUGGGAGUGUGCCUGUGAUGCUGCCUAUGUAUGUGACUCACUAGGUUUUGGAACACUGUUGAUUAGCACACCGCCGGCUCUCUUCCCAACACCCCAUGAUCAACACCCCUUCCACAUGGGAUGCAUGCGCACCCCUCAGCCAGUCGAGGUGCCUGAUAGACAGACGGACGGACCGUCAGAUAGACAGGCAGACAGCAUUUGAUAUUCUGUUUCAGGCCGGGUGGAUUGUCUUAUUUUGGAAGCUGCCUAGUGGGGGGUUUCUCUGCCUCUGCUUCACAGCUACGGCUUCAAAGCACCAAAUUAAUGGCCAACAAAAUAGUGCGUCUCCAUCUGUCCCAUGUGGGGCCAACCUAUUGAGAGUUAUCAUUUAAGUUAAGGAAGGAAGAAAAAGGAUGAGGGCGAGCUGAAUCCUGCCAGUUUAACAAAGCUCAGCAAUCUCUCUGAUUGGAAUUUGCAUCGAAAUGCGGAGAUAAAGAUCAUGUGCAAUUAAGUACGAUAGAGAUGAGAUUUGUUUGUCCUUAUUUUCUCACAUGCAUGUGCAUGCGGGGGACGAGCAAGCAUGUUCGGUUUCCACACCUGCGCGCGUGUAUGCGAGACAUCAGUCGGCUGUGCGUGUAAUGACUUCGAUGUGUGUCGGUGUGUUUUGCUGGCUCAGUCUGUGUGUGUGUGUGUGUGUGUGUGUGUGUGUCUCUCUCUGUCUCUCGCUCUCUCUCUCUUUCUCUUUACUCGGGCCUGUCAGAUCCUCUCAGCAGUGUGUGGCUGGUGGAGAAGCAGCGUGGCUGCGGCUCUAUUUGAAGUUGUAAUGGUGUCAAAAAGUCAGAGCUGACUGACAGCCGUCAGUCCCACUGGGGCUCAUUAAAUCAUAACAACUUGACAAGGAAAUAAUUGAGCGCUGACGAUAAGUUGGGGCCCAUUUAGAUGUUUUUAUUUUCUUUCAUUAUUAGUUGUGGCUAUUAUGUUCAUUAAGAAAUUGCAUUAAACAAACAUUGGGGGGGGGGGGGGGCUAAUGAUUUGUUUAUAUCGCCUUUUUUAUUAUUUAAACAUGAGGUGUGUCAUGUGACACUUUCUGCAGGCUGGCGCAUCUAUUUUUCCCCUUCUUUUUUUCUUUUUUUGCUCUUCCUUUUUUAGCCUUUUUUUUAGCCUCCCUGGCUCCUUCCCUCCUUUCUCUCUCUCUCUCUCUCUCUCUCUUUCUCUCUCUCUCUAAGCAGCGGGUGUCUUUAGAAUAUGAAAUAGGUUAUUCAUUACCCUCUUCCCUGUAGCUGAUUUGGUUUGCGUGUAGAGUCUUCUAUGUGAGAAGGAUGAAAACUUGUCAAAAAUGGGUUAUAUCUUAUUCCGAGGGGCAACAAUAGUGGCAGUUACAGACACACUUUAAUAUUUCAUUAUGCCUGACUUUAACCCUGCUAAGUGACUUCGGCUAGCAGGCCUUUAGUGAGAAAGAGACUCUGAUUAGCUCCUAUCACAGAGCAGGGUCCAAAAAGACCCACUGCGGUCACGGCAGAGAUGAGCGCUUGCUCAUGAUUAACUGACAUCUCUCUGACAUUUUUUUGAAUAAGCCUUUACUAAGUUCUGCCCACCUUGGUUACAGUUGCUAAGUUGGAAAUGCUUCAUAGAUUUAUGUGAACAGUGCAAUUUUAUAUAAAGUGAUGAAUACUGAAUAAGUAAUUAUUCACUUGUUGGCUGUUUAUUCUUUUAUUCUUUAAAUACUUGUAUUCUUUAUUACGUCUAAAAUUAGAAUACAAUUAAAAAAUGUUUAACCUGUUUAUUUUCUUAUUAUUCAUUAUAAAAUUUCUCAAUUUUAUGUUGGGCUUAGUGAAAGGUCAAUAAAAUUUGACACUAAAAUUGAUGUCACAUUAUCAGUCUGUGUAAAUGAGUGUCAGUGUUUGCUGACUGCGCUUUUUCUGUGGUUACUGGAGAGCAUGAUGGGAGGUCCACAAUUUAAACUGUGCAUCUCUCGCUAUUUUUACUCCCUCACACAUCCAGGGAUAAUAUUUCACCCCAUAGAUAAUACUGAUGGCUCUGUGUGUGUGUGUGUGUGUGUGUGUGUGUUAGUGAGUGAGUGAUUGUGUUAGAUUCAAGUUAAUGUAGGGAGAUCUGUGGCCUCUCUUGUUAAGCACUGUUGGAUAAUAGGUUUCCUUUUAUUAUUAUUUUAAUUUGUUAUCUGGUUAACCAUGCACAAUUGUACAUGUAAAUGUGUUGCACAAAUGCACACGACAAUAUCCUCAUUCUCCUGUGAAUAAUGAAUGCAGUUGAUGUGACAUGACAUCCAUCAAUUAUGUUUUUUUUUUUGGUGUCCCAUUAUGUGAGUGAAUACCCAUCCGCUGGAACCACGGAUCUGAUACUGAGUUUGCACUGUGGACUAUUGUGUGUCAGUGGGUGUGACUUUACAUGUGGCUGUCUGCUCCAGGCCAGAGACCCAGUAAUGAUCAGAACCCUCUUACUGCUUGUGUGAAUAAUCUCAUGUUUGUUCAACUGGUGAUUACUUUCAUGAAUAGUGUUUUCUGUAGAUAUAGUAAAACCUUGUCUAGGUUCAACACUGUCAUUAAAGCAGUAUUGUGUUUUUCACCCA